AUUGCAAUUCGUCAAAAAUGAACAAAAAAACAGCAUCAAUACUUUUAUUUGAGUUUGUUUGCAUUCUGGGCUUAUAUUAUCUUUUUGUAAAGAAAGACACACUAAUGACAUUUGGAAGCUGUAGUCAAGCCGUUAAUGUAAACCAAUACAAAAUCGUCAAAGAAAGGGAUUUACUUAAACUAAUUAAUGUUUGUUCUAAAAACGGUGUUUAUUUAAAUGGAAGCAAAUCAAACUACGAUUAUCUAAAAAACAGUUUAAUUAAGUUCAAUUGUUCCCAUUCGCUUCGGUUUCUAAGCGCUCCGAGAUCAUUUGUUGCCUUGGCAAGCUAUCCUGGUUCAGGAAAUACCUGGACACGACAACUGAUAGAGACAACAACAGGAUAUUUUACAGGCAGUGUAUAUACAGAUUGGAACUUUGUCGGAUCAAAAGAGUGCCCAAUUCGAGGAAGGGUAUUCAUUGUCAAAACUCACGAAACAACUUUCAGUUCGGCCAGCCAUAGUGACUGUACACGUCUUUCUAUAUCUAAACUUCACUUUGCUAGUUUUAUAUGUAUUCUACGUAAUCCAUAUAAUGCCAUUCUUGCAGAAUUCAACAGACAAAAUAGAGUUAGAUCACCUAAGAAUGAACCAUUAAGCCCAGGACAAUGGGUUGCACCUAAACAAAUGUUCACAACAGAAAGAUGGAGUAAAUUUGUACACAACGGAGUCAAUGAAUGGAGGAGAACGGCACUAUACUGGAUGGGAAAUAAAAGUAAAUCGAAAUACGUUCUUGUUUAUGAAAGACUGUUAGAAAACACAUUUCUUGAAUUGUCUCGUUUGAUGGUAUUUUUAAACAUCACAAUUCAAUAUCAUUCCUUAUAUUGUGUGACUAGUAAUGUCACGAAAUCGUUUAAAAGGACCAUUCCACAAUGGAUGACAAUCAAUUAUGUCUACAGUACGGAGUUGAGAGAAAUUGUUAACAAAGCUGUCCAAACUGUCAAAAGUGGUAUAGACCCAAUAUUGAAUCUUAACGGCGUUCUGAAUUCCUAUUUUCUACCAACAAAUCAUUCAUCAAAUUGACGUGCAGUAACAGCAUUAUGAAAAAUGUCUCACAAACGUAUAAUUACACUAAUUUACUACCAUUUUUAUCCUAGGAAACGACAUACAAUGGUAUUAUUUUUCAAUUGUAAAUAAUAGGCUUUUAGAGUAAUGUUGGUAAAAAAAAUUGACAGUUAUCAUUGCAUUUCGGCUAUUUUGUUUGUGUGUGAUGCAAUCAUUUUGAUUAAAUAACAGAUCAACGAAAUAGUAACUAUGUUUCGUAGAUUUAACAUUCCAUUUAAAGACUUAAUCUAUCAUAUUCAGUCGGAAGCCAAACCGGGAAAUGAUAAGGUUGUGCUACUUUUCAACAAGUAGCUCGGUCAACAAUAGGUCAACAAGAUUGUUUUUGCGGUGGAUUACAUUUCACGUAAACUGUUUGCUAAAUGAACUUCAUUUAGGAUUUUUAUAGCACGUGAAUGGAUUUCUUUUAAAAUCAUUUUAUACCAUUCAAUGACAUUCUGUACUAAUAACAUUUUCGUGUUUCGAGAAUUCACAUUUUCAUUGUGAAAAAAUAGCUUAAAAUGAUCAGCGUGUCUGAAAUGCUUCUGACUUAAACUGGACUUAAAACAAUAGUAAAUCUGCAAACAAAUCAUGGCAAGUACUAUAAAAAUAUCUUAUUGAGCAUGGUUCACACGUUGCUCGAUAUGGGCUGGUAAGCACCUUGUCACUCUGGUAAAACUUCAUAGGAAACUACGGCGGGCAAUUCUUCUUUAAAUUCUUUAAAUAUUGUCAAUAAAUUUUGUCAGUGUCUGUAUAAACUAUGCAUAUGUAAUUUCAAUUUUAAAAUAUGUUUAGGAAUAACAGUUAUUUACACGAAUAUGAAUUAGCUUCAAUUUGAUUGCUUUUAUUCUCCUUGGUGAUAGUUUUAGCAUGUUUUGUCAAAUGCAUGUAUUAACGUAUUUCAUCGUCCAUUUUCUUUUUUAUCUAGUUCCCUUUGCAAAUAAUACCCUUUUGUGAAGUUAUGUUUUACAUAUGUAGCAAAAUGU